CUCCUCCAGUGUUUCAUGUGGCUAAAACAAUUUCCCCCUGUUCUCUUUACACUCAAGGUUAGUGGAUUACCAACUCCAGACUUAAGCUGGCAACUUAAUGGCAGACCAAUUCACCCUGACAGCUCUCACAAAAUGUUGGUGCGUGAGAAUGGGGUGCACUCACUGAUCAUAGAACCGGUCACCUCCAGAGAUGCUGGAAUCUACAUGUGCAUUGCCAGCAAUCAGGCUGGUGAAAAUUCAUUCAGCCUGGAGCUCACUGUUGCAGCUAAGGAAGUACAAAAGGCACCUGUGUUUAUAGAGAAGCUACAAAACACAGGUGUGACUGAGGGAUUCCCAGUGAGAUUGGAGUGUCGAAUCUCAGGGGAGCCAUCUCCUCAGAUAUUUUGGAAGAAAGAGAAUGAGUCACUCACAUACAACACUGACCGAGUGAGCAUGCACCAGGAUAACUACGGCUACAUUUGCCUGCUUAUUCAGGGAGCUACAAAGGAGGAUGCUGGCUGGUACACUGUUUCAGCUAAGAAUGAGGCUGGGAUUGUGUCUUGCACUGCCAGGUUGGAUGUUUAUACUCAGUGGCAACAACCCCCUCAGCAGACCAAGCCAAAGAAGGUGCGGCCCUCAGCCAGCCGAUACGCUGCUCUCUGUGACCAAGGACUAGACAUCAAAGCAGCUUUCCAGCCGGAGGCAAAUCCAGUCCACCUGACAAUGCAGCCUGGCCUGGUAGAGAGCGAUGAUCUGUAGAUUCAACUGCCACUUCCAUCAUUUUCUUUCAAAGCAGAAACACUGAAAGCCAUUGCCUUGACCAAUGAUACUCCUAUGUCACUUUAUGCAAGGGCAGACACCUUCAUGUACAAAAGAUAAACAACAAACACAGUAACCAUAUAUUCCUUAUUCAUUAUACCAAAAUAGAAGAAUAGAUAGAUUAUUAAUAGAAAUGUUCACAUUGCACAACAAAUCACACUCACCAGUUCCUUAACCUAUGUUACUUCAUAAUCCUUUUCAUAGAGGCCAAAAUGCAUCAGAGAGAAAGAUUCUUCACUACAUACCUUCAUAAGCAGUAAGUAGAUGCUACACAAUUUUAACGGUGCAAGACAUUUUCUUCUAGGGCUAUCAACAGUUCUAAAAUGGCUACACAUUCUGACAGCUACGAUGAACAUGUGCAAUAUUAUAGGAACAAAACAGGAAGGGACAAGGAAAAGAAAUAUAAGCAAAUGCUGUAUCUCUGCAAACUGCUUUCUAUUCAACAAUGAAAAAAAAAAUCUUUCUUUCAGUGCUGUUAGUAUGGACAUCAACACCCUAACUUUCCCUUCAUUUGUGUUUUUUCUUUUUGCCAUCUCAGAGGAGUCUUAUUUACAAACAUAUAGCAAUGGAGUCUGAGCAGAAGUAAUUUUACUUCUGCAGGACAACAAAGAAGAGUUGACACAUAGUAACAAUCAACUCCAGAUUACACCUUGGUAGCUAGAUGUGAAAAAAAUGCUGAUAGUAUAAACCACUGCAGUGAGUUACUGCAAAGGGUGGGAGAGGGACCGGACAAGAGGUUGGAAUUCUCUGGAUUUCUGGACAGCAGUGUGUAACCUUGUAAUCCUCCCAUUCAAGAUUUUGAAAUUCUAAGGUGAGCUGAAAACUAGGGAGUGUAUGUAUGGAGUGUUUGUUUAAAGCUUCUGUAAUAUGUAUGAGGAUUUUAGAAAUGUAUAGUAAGUGAAAAAUGGGUUGAAACUGCAAUACGGAUUUAAGUGACAAGUAUACACCACAGGUGAUCGGUUUGCAAAUCUGAGGAAGUAGAAAAUGAAGAUAGACAAAAAAAUCCAAUUUGCUUUUUUUUUUUUUCUUCUUCAUAUGUCUCUAGUAGAUUUUAUUUUUUCCUUCUCCUGACUGCAGGCAAACGUCAACUCUUUUGAACGGUAGAGUCUGUGUACCAUAGGUGAAAAGCCUGAAGGCUGCUUACAGAAUGCAAGGCAAAUACACUUGGAAGAAGAGCCCCACUUAAGUCACACCUGACUAGGUAGUUUUAAAUUAGAACCAAAUGAAUUUCAGUUGAAGGAAAGGGAAGGAGAAUGGAUGGAAGAAUUACUAGGACUGACAAGGAAAAUGAGUGUUUGAUGGUACGAGCUACAAUACUUUGCUAGGAAAGGAAAACACUGUAUUCCUUAUAUGAAGCACAUAUAUGGUAUCUUUCAUUAUUUAUAAUAAAAGUGUUGAAAUCUUUUAUCUCAGUUCAUUUAUUCAGAAGUCCUGUACUUAGGGGGUUGUUUGUUGGGUUUUUUUUAAAUUUUGUAAUUGUGUACACCAUAUAUUGCAUUACUGCUAUACGUGUAUUGCUUUGUAAGUACACAAAGUUUGUGGGUUUUUUUAGUGACUAAUAAACUUUAGCACACAAGGUAGUACUAUUCUGGUGCAGGAUAUGACUAGUAAUGGGAAUGGUUAAUCUAGAUUAACAUCAUAGUCUGCCAGGUGGGAAUAAUCUGAUUUUAUUCUAGAAGUAUGUCAUAUCUUUUGCCAAAUUGUCCUCAACUGUGACAUGCUAAUUUACUUUUUUGUUUAGCUUCACUAGCAUUAUUUUGCCACCUUUUAUUUGUAUUUAUAAAAAUGUAUCAUCAUUACUUUGGACUGUUGUGCUGAUAUAAUGUGAGUUUAACAUCAAUAAAUAUUACACAAAUAGAAA